AUGUCCACUUGCCUCUUUUGCCAGGACCCUCUUUUUGUGCAAAAGUAUUUUCUUAUCUAUCUAUCUAUCUAUCUAUCUAUCUAUCUAUCUAUCUAUCUAUAUAUUGGCUUGUCAGUUCGAUUCGAUACUGACAUGCCUGCGGAAUCAGAAUUCCAAUCAUUAUCGAUAGAUUUAUUGACGCUCUCUCUUUCUCUCUCUCUCUCUCUCUCUCUCUCUCUACUAUAUUCAUAUCUAUCUAUCUAUCUAUCUAUCUAUCUAUCUAUCUAUCUAUCUAUCUAUCUAUCUAUCUUAUUUAUUCAUAUCUACUUAUAUCUAUCUAUCUAUCUAUCUAUCUAUCUAUCUAAGGACAGAAUCAAUCAAUCAAUCUAUCUAAGAACAGAAUCUAAGAACAGAAUCUAUCUAUCUAUCUAUCUAUCUAUCUAUCUAUCUCAGUCUAAUCAAUCAAUCUAUCUAAGAACAGAAUCUAAGAACAGAAUCUAUCUAUCUAUCUAUCUAUCUAUCUAUCUAUCUAUCUAUCUAUCUAUCUAUCUCUUCAUAUCUACUUCUAUUCAUAUCGAUCUAUGUCACGCUCGCUCUAUUCAUAUCUACUCCAGUUACUAUCUAUCUCGGUCAUUUAAUGUCUAUCCCAGUUAA